AUGUCACUCACCAUACUGGCUUCUGAGAUCCUUGCAGCCGCCAAAGAAAUUGAUAAAUCUCUCAAUGAAAGCAACAAAGAACAGAUCCAACCCUCUUCGAGUGCUUCCAGCCCUAGUGUAUUUGACAAGAUCUCCAAAUGCUCCUUUGACAUUGUUUGUGUCAUAGGAAAUCUCAUCUUCCGUCCCUGGCGGUUGAUAUUAGGGGAUAGUACAGUAAAUCAUCAGAGCCUCCUACACACUAGCAGUACGGUUUCAGGAAAAGAUGAUGAAAGAAGUAUCAGUUAUUUUGAAAGGUACAAUGCUCUACCUUCAGAAUUGUUGUCUAAAUGCGAAGUUUUAAUCAACAACUGCCACCGUAUCCGGACCUUAAUUGAAGCCCCGGAGACAGCAUUAGUCAACAUAUACAGCAAUUGGACCGAGAUGGUAUCGCUCCAGGUAAUUUGCCACUUCGAACUAUUCAAAGCCGUUCCACCGUCAGGGUCUGCCACCUACUCUGAAAUUUCAGCUGCCACUGGAUUGCCCUUACAUCUUGUCAUUCGAUUUAUUAGGAUUGCUAUCUUAAACGGGAUAUUUACUGAGCUUGUUCCUGGGCAAGUCAGUCACACGCCACGAUCUCAUUGGCUCCUUACUCGCGGACAAGGUUUAAUUGAUAUCAUAAAUGUUAAUUGCUACGAGCUAGCACCGGCCGCUCUUCGCUAUCCCGAAGCCAUUGAAAAGUACGGUGUUGCCGAGGAACCUGAACAAAGCCCUUUCGCUCUCAUCAACAGCAAUAUGCCCAUAUUUCACGUGUUUGCCCGAGAAGAAUCUCGCCGACUCCGCUUUGGGAACGCUAUGCAAUAUCUUACAUCAAACGAAAGCUAUGAUGUUCGUCACAUACUAGUUGGACACGAUUGGAUCAGCGAUGAUAAAGUUGGUGCUCGUGUACUUGACGUUGGUGGGGGCCUAGGUCAUGUCUCAAUUUUUCUUGCCGAACAAACAAAAUUUCUAAAUUUCACCGUGCAGGACCUCCCAAAUGUCGUGGAGGAUGCCAUUAAAAACAAAGCCACUCUCAUCAAGAGCCAGGUUCAAGAUCGUAUCUCUUUUUUACCGCUAUCUUUUUUCACGCCACAUCCUGCUUCUGACAUUUUCUAUGAUGUCGUGUUCAUGCGUUGGAUCUUACAUAACUGGAGCGAUAAGCAUGUCCGCCAAAUAUUCCGUUCCUUAUUGCCAAUCCUCCGCAAGGGAAGUCGAGUACUUAUCAUUGAGUACCUGCUAGAUGAAGAAUGUAUAGGUGUCAAUGCUACGCACAAUAUCGGAUUACGAUGUGAUCUCAUGAUGGGGGUCGGCUUUGGGGCAAAAGAACGAACGGCCCGCGAGAUCAGAGCCUUGAUGGAAGAAGUUGCGGCGGAAUUUAAUGGACUAUGGAGUAACUGGAGCGUGCGUAAGCCAAAGUGCAGCACUAUGGGGUUUUUGGAGGCUACAUGGGAAGGCGUUUGA